CUCAAACUACAGAGAAAAUCACACCAUCAGCCUCCCUCUUUCCGUAUAUGGACCACCCUCUACUGUUCUCCUAGUGGACGGUGUUUGCUUGUGCCUCAGCUGUAUGCAGGCCUUCAUUCUCAAUGAGAGCAAAGACAGAGGGAGACUGAGAGUGAGGUGAGGAGAAUGGAGAGCAUGAAACUUCAUAGAAAACACAUCUGAGAUACCAACCUGGCUGCUACCUGCACCUCCUGGACCACUGACUGAACUCACUGACGAAGAUCUCUAGCUUGUUUGGUGAUAAAUCGAGGGGGAACCAUGGGACCUGGAAAGUGGAGCCUAUUUAUUCUGUUUGGUUUGUCCCUCUGGAGCAACAGCCAAGCCCUCAGUAAGAACCCUAUCCUCUCCCGGAUACGAAGGGCUCCAGAGGCCAAUGGGGAAAACAAGAAGUGCUCCUACACCUUCCUGGUCCCCGAGCAGAAGAUCACAGGCCCCAUCUGUGCAGCCCGGGGUUAUGCAACUGAUAAGGACAGAGUGACGCGCCUUGAUGUGGCUGCGGUGCGUGACCUUCUGUCAAAGCAACGUCGGGAGAUGGAGACUUUGAAGCUGGUGGUGGAUGUGGAUGGCAACUUGGUGAACGAGAUGAAGCUGUUGAGGAAAGAGAGCAGGAACAUGAACUCCAGAGUGACCCAGCUCUACAUGCAGCUGCUGCAUGAAAUCAUCAGGAAGAGGGACAACUCACUGGAGUUGGCGCAGUUGGAGACACGCAUCCUUAACGCUACCACUGAGUCAUUGCGUCUAGCCUCCCGGUACAGGGAACUGGAGGCCAAAUACUCUGCCCUGUCUGCAGUGGUGAACAACCAGUCAGUGCUGAUUGGAGCCCUGGAAGAGCGUUGUAUGCAGGUAUACAGUCGCAGGCAUGAGCAGCCACCUAUGGGUCCUCCAAUGGUGCAGGUGGUGCCUGAAAAUAUUCCUGUUAAUGUGCCACGUUUCACAAAUGAGAUCCAAAGGGACAAUACUAGAGGAUUUGCCCGGGAAAGGGGCUCUCGCUCUGGGCCUUCACCCACAAGUGGCACCCUGGAAGUCCAGAAACCUCCUCAGAGGAACUUCAGUGCUGAAGGCCCAUUCAGAGAUUGCCUCGAUGCCCAGGAAGCCGGCCACACCACCAGCGGCAUGUACCUGAUCAGACCAGACGAGACAGAGAGGCCAGUGCAGGUCUGGUGUGAACAGGAUAUAGACAACGGGGGCUGGGCUGUUAUCCAGAGCAGGAGAGACGGAUCGGUUAACUUCUUCAGGAACUGGGAUAACUACAAGAGCGGCUUUGGCAACAUAGAUGGGGAGUACUGGCUCGGUCUUGAAGGCAUAUACAACCUGGGAAGGCAGGGGGACAACAAGCUACUGGUGGAGCUGGAGGACUGGAUGGGCAAGAAGGUGUAUGCUCAGUACAGCAGCUUCCACCUGGAGCCGGAGAGCGAAGGUUACCGCCUGCGGUUGGGCAUCUACCAGGGCAACGCUGGGGACUCCCUCAGCAGCAACAAUGGCAAACAGUUCACUACUCUGGAUCGAGACAAGGAUGCCUUCUCAGGUAACUGUGCCCAUUUCCAUAAAGGAGGCUGGUGGUACAAUGCUUGCGGCCAAUCCAAUCUUAACGGUGUCUGGUACACCGGAGGCGUCUACAGAAGCAAAUUCCAAGAUGGGAUCUUCUGGGCCGACUACGGCGGAGGCUUCUACUCCAUGAAGGGUGUCCGCAUGAUGAUCAGGCCCAUAGACUGAGGAGAUACUGUAAACCAGCCUGGUGCAGGGGCAGCUGUGGAGGCCAGGGCACACUUGAACCUGACUCUAAAUUGUGACUGUAUAUGUCAUCAGCAAUUGGUUGAUCCUAGCUAAAAGAACUACACCAAUGGAGAUUACCAACCAUCAGUUGUGACUUGAAUUGCCUCCUGUAACCAACAUGGACUCUUUACUGUAUAUCACAAUAGAUGCAUAAAUAGAGGGAUUUAGAGGACAUGACUAUUUAUAAGCCAUACAGCUCCUUUAACCACCAAAUGUAUAUGAUGGUGAAGGGAUAUUAAGAACUGCCGGUGCAGAUAUUUUACAGCUAGAUAAUGCAAGCUGUCUGUAUGAUUAAGAAACCACAGUGUUUUCCUCAUUACUCGGUCACCCCAUGGAGAGGAGGCGCCAUGUCCUAACAGAAUUUCAUCUGUAUUGAUUUCAUUCAUAAGCUUUAGCGUCACAGAAUCUAAAUGCAGCUCUUCCUACCUCGCCAAGAAAAACGUCUUGGGGAAACACUCAUACAUGGUAUUUAACUUGUGCUAAGUUGCUGGAAACUACAUUUUGUUAAUACCUAUAUAGAUUUAUUUAGACUCUGUAUCCACCUCUAGAUCUGAAAAGACCAACACCUUAAGAUGUUGGAGAAAGGAAGGUGGUUUAAAAUGUUUUAUUGUACGUCUGAUUACACAAAAAUGGUGCUGAUUUUAGUUUUUCUCUCUACACUUAAAAUGACCUUUAUGCUGUAUGUUAAAUUACUUUGUCCAAAUGCAGAUGACCAGAAAUGAUAAUUUAUGUGUACAAUUAACUUAUCAUAACAGUGAAAAGGGCCAGGUGUCCUGAGGGAACAGUAAAUGAUCCCACAGAAAAUAGAACUAAUUUCCUCCACUGCAUUUAUGACAAUCAUUCUCAAAGUGUGCACAUAUGGAAAUUGCUGUUGUAUGUUUUUCUCAUUCGGCUGUUGAUUAAAUUUCAGUAUGACUCCGGGAAAAACAAAGCAUUGUUGAAAGAGAAAAAAGAUGGAAUUACCUUUUGUUUUGAGUGGUUUUUGAGCACGAAAAAUAUGCCGACCAAGCGUGCUGAGAAUUAUAGGCACUGGGACAGACAACGAGAAACACAUUGCUAAAAGCCAGACAGGAUGAAGAGAGAAAAAGAGGAGAGGGGAGGGGAUGAACUGGGAUGGAAUUGGUCCAAAUUUCCAAGUUAUUUUUCCCCCCUCUUCCUUUUAAAUACAGAGAAAUUUACAUUCUUUCCACACAAAAGUGCUUGAACUGUAUGUUUUCUUAAAAGUAUCUUUCAUUGACAAAGUCAUGGGUCCCUGCACUCUGUAAUCACCGGUAUGGAAGGAAAGUUGCAUCCUUUUGGGGAAACCAUCCCAGAGGAGGGGCAGUGGGUUUGAACUGGUGGGUUUGCUUUGAACAACAGCACUGCAUCCACAGCACAUGAAAGAAAAACAGCCUUUGGUCUCCAAGCUGAAAAUAGACCCUUGUUUUGCACUGUUUUUCUUAUUUACCACAAUGGCCCUCACACCCAUCUCUUUAACAAACUUUUAUGAAGCAAAAAAAGCACAAAGCAGGGUCAAACCCAGCAGGACAUGAAAACAUGUUUAUGGACAUGUAAAAAAGCAAUGUCUUAUAAAAAUGGCAUUAUAAUGUUAAAAUUAAAUU